GUUAUCCUAACAUUUGUCUGUGUGUUGACAAAGGAAUCUGUAGGAAUUGCUCCAGUGCCAUAUACACUGCAAGACCAUCGGUUAGCUUUGGAUGGAAGAGACCCCUCCAACCCCUUGAGGAGAGAAAAGAGGCAGGUGCAGUGUCAACUAGGACAAUACCUACAUCCCCAAGAGACCCACUGCUGCAUGAGGUGCCAUGCAGGUACCUAUAAGGCAAAAGACUGUGAUCGGCCUGGCCAGGCACCUGUCUGUCUUCCGUGUGCUAAUGGCACAUUCACAGCUGUUGAUAACACCAUGUCUAAAUGCUUCCAGUGUACACAUUGCCGUACAGAAUUCCAGCAGAUAGUAGAGAGCCCCUGCACCCCAAAGCAAGAUACCGUAUGUGGCUGUCGGAAGAAUCAAUAUCAGAUUGGACUGUCCGAUCUCUUCCAGUGUAGGAACUGCAGCUCAUGUGUCAAUGGAAUUAUCGCCAACUGUUCAAAGAACAGAGACACAAUUUGCAGGUGUAAGCCUCGAUUCUUCCUGACACUUAGUAACAUUUGCAAGCCUUGCAACAGCUGCACUGGAGAAGAAUGCUUGCAGUGUCAUAGCCCAGUGACUACCUCACCGACUUCGUCUGGGCUCAAUGGGAGCCUUGUCCUUGGCAUCAUUGUUGCAAUAUUUGGAGUUAUCUCUGUCCUCUACAUUGUAAAUAAAGUAGUGAAACUGGUCCAGAAAAAUGGGAUAGCGUCAUCUUUCUACUCCUGUGUUUCUUUGCCACAGACAACCAAGGAGCCAGUAUCUGAGGUUGAGGUAAAAAGAAGUGAAAUUUCCAUCCUUCUUCCUGAGUCCCAGAAGGAAAUAGAAUUAUCAGUGAAUGCAACACCACCAUCUGCACCUCUGCCGCAAAGCCCACAUGAGUUACCAGACUGUGUCAGACCUGCCAGGAAGACACAGCUUCCAGACAACCCUGCUAUUCUCUACACUGUGGUGGAUCAUGUACCGCCAUCUCGGUGGAAAGAGUUUGUGAGGCGCCUGGGUCUGAGUGACUAUGAUCUAGAGCGAAUUGAGAUAGAACAUCGGCGUUUACGAGAUGCCCAGUAUGAAAUGCUUCGACUGUGGAAACUGCAGAUGGGCCAUGCUGCAACUGUGGAGCACAUCAGCUGUGUUCUCAACCAGAUGGAGCUGAGUGGCUGCAGUGAAGCUAUUCAGGAGGCUUUGCUAAACCAGAACUCUCCUCAACCUUGCAGCCAUCACAGCCAUCUUUAGUCUAUUUCUGCUUUAGUUGCCCUCACUAUGACUGUUGAGAGGAUCAUAACUCCCUUCCUUUCCUGUCCUCCUUUUCCCGUACCUCCCUGUCUUUCUAACACUCCUCAGCUGGGUUUGUUGGAGACAGCAGCAGA